AUGGCUUCGAAUCAGGACUUACCGGAGGGAACAGUGCAGAACAUACUGGACCAAGAAAGUUUGAAGUGGGUCUUCGUUGGAGGUAAAGGGGGUGUGGGCAAGACAACAUGUAGCUCAAUAUUAUCGAUCAUUCUCUCUGGGGUUCGAUCCUCUGUACUCAUCAUCUCCACCGACCCCGCUCACAAUCUCAGCGAUGCUUUUCAGCAGCGUUUCACCAAAACACCUACUUUGGUCAAUGGCUUCACCAAUUUGUACGCCAUGGAGGUGGAUCCCACAGUGGAGAAUGAAGAAACGCUUGGUUCAGAUGGUUCGGAUGGUUUUUUGUCUGAGCUAGCAAAUGCGAUUCCUGGUAUUGAUGAGGCUAUGAGCUUUGCCGAGAUGCUGAAAUUGGUUCAAACAAUGGAUUAUUCUGUAAUAGUGUUUGAUACAGCUCCUACUGGUCAUACGCUCCGGCUAUUACAAUUUCCAUCAACAUUAGAGAAGGGUCUCAACAAAAUGAUGUCAAUGAAGAAUAAAUUUGGUGGCUUGUUGGGUCAGAUGACUAGUCUCUUGGGUGUUUCUGAUGAAUUUAAUGAGGAUGCAAUCUUCGGAAAGGUUAAGGGCUUGAAAGAUGUGAUUGAACAGGUGAACAAGCAGUUUAAAGACCCGUCGACGAGCUUAGUGGUGGUGGUGUGGCUGUUGAGGCGCAGUCAGCACAUAAGAGGGUUUUCUGCCACCCUAAUCAACGAAGAAGAAACAGCCGUGACCCGAUCCAUUUCGGGUCAACCCAAAUCUGAUCCAACCCCAGUUGGUUUCAGUUCAGCCCAAUUUCAGUGGUUCAGACCAGUUCAGAUAGUUUUGAUUCGGGUUCAGAGGUUUAGAGAGUCAAACUAA